AUCAUUGGAUGUAUCAGAUAAAGGAAAGCAACAGGGAACUGGUGACUCAGCAUUAUCUAGGAACAACAUAUGAAAAACGGCCAAUGUAUUAUCUUAAGAUCAGUCAACCCACAAAUAAAGCCAAGAAGAUUAUUUGGAUGGAUUGCGGGAUUCAUGCCAUAGAAUGGAUCUCUCCAGCCUUCUGCCAGUGGUUUGUGAAAGAAGCACGUCUCUGGAGGAAAUCCCGUUCUUCCUAUAUGAAUGGCACCUGCUUUGGGACAGACCUUAAUCGUAACUUUAAUUCCUCCUGGGGUGGUGGUGGUACAUCCCAUAACUGUUCCAGUUCAACUUUUUGUGGGCCUGAGGCAGAAUCAGAACCUAAAACUAAAGCUGUGGCUAGAUUGAUUGAAAGCAGGAAAAGUGAUAUUUUGUGCUUCUUGACUAUUCAUUCUUUUGGACAGCUCAUUCUCUCCCCAUAUGGAUACACAAAGGAACAUGCAAGUAACCAUCAGGAACUGGUGGAUGUUGCACAGAAAGCAGCAACUGUACUGAAGGGAAAACAUGGGACCAAUUUCACAGUGGGGCCAGCCUCUUCGGUUUUAUACCAGAACUCUGGCUCCUCACGAGACUGGGCUCACAUGAUUGGCAUUCCGUUCUCUUAUACGUUGGAGCUGAGAGACAGAGGUGCGCAUGCAUUUUUUUUACCAGUAGACCAAAUCCAACCCACAUGUGAGGAGACUACUGUGGCUGUGAUGACCAUCAUUGAAUAUGUAAAUCAGAAGUAUUUCCCAAAUGGGGCAAAACUGACCUCUGGAAAUCUGUGUCUGAACCUCUUGCUUAGUGUUCUGUUCAUGGGGGCAUUGUCUUAAGUAUACCCUUAUAGACUGCAACAGGAAACGCCCAUGCAGUGUGUAAUAUCAGUUCAAAGGGAAACACUGAUAAUACUUGGAGAUCUGAAUGCCAUAACAUUUAAAUAAAGGAUCA